CCUUGCACAACAGUGACGACAAGCAGCAGGCGGUUGACUGCUGCUAUAAAGCAUGUAUAGAAGUUUAGAUAGAGCCUGACGAUUCCUCGAGUAAUUUAUUUUUGCCAUUUUUGUGGUAUUUGGCCUAAUUGUAGAGUUGAUUGCAUUUUUGUGUGGUAGGAAAAUGGUCCACUGGUUAAAAAAAGUUGAAAAGAGUUAACCUGAGAAGGGAGGAAGAUGGUUGUCGAGUAUUGUCGGGAACUAAUUGGGUUUACCCGUUUGACUUGAUGACGGCUGCAAACAGUUUGGAAGAUACCAACCUUGGUUCGCUUUCCUACGGGAACGUAGGGAAGUAUACACACUUUUCCGCCUCGGCAAUCCCGCGCUGUACAUUGUUGAUUGUGAUGCCUUCAUCUGAUUAGUUUUCCUUGGUAUUAUGAUACUAAAAUGUUAAAGACUGUCUUCGUUAUUUGGAAGUUUUGCCACUGCGGAUAUGAUGCAAACGAUUGCGUUCCUCAUUGAUCUGUGAUGCAUUUGCGUGGUUCCCCAGAACACCAUGACUUGUGGAAAUAGCUGAAAUAGUCAAUGGUUUUUUGAAUCUGUUUGUUAUGGCGUCGUCAUUUUUUAGCAGAAUAGGGACAUAUAUUUGUGAGAGUCUGUUUAACAGUAGAAAACGGUCGCGAGAAGACAGGAAGGAACCGCAAGCUAACGGGAGUUCGUAUCAUUAUCCAUAUAAAGCAGAUGCUCUGAAUCCUUACGAUUUUCCGGAUGAGGAGGACACUAUAAGAGAAAUUCCCGCGAAGAAAUUUAAAUCAGCGAAUUUAGGAAUCCUGACGCCUGCCAACAGAAUGAACGAUAGGAAUGGGAAGUCUGAUCAUUCCGCGGCCACUUCGGCGCGCAAUGGUGUUGUGCUGUCCGGAAGAAAGCCGAUUUCGUCCAUGGGAAGUCGUGAGCCAGCUUCUGCUGGCUCUCGUCGCCACACUUCCAACGCAAAGGUACGUACGGAUUCGCGUUUGAAUCCUGAUCCCAGCCGACGAAUGGCCUUUGGCGCUCCGGAAUCUCGAUCUAUUAGCACGUCCACGCCUUCAUUAACUCCAAGGAAUGAAAACACCUCGGAUUUGGAAUGCGUUGGGUUGUAUCCACCAAGAACGGGAAACAAAAAGCCUUUGUUUACGGCUCCGCGAACGAGUCCUCCGUUGUACAGUCGUAAUAAUUCACAGGCUUGCUCAGAUUCCAGCCAGUCUUCUUUCAAAAUGCCCAACUUCCGUGAUGUAACUGCUAAUCAGCCAAAGACGAUUGCCGGGUUGCACAAACAGAAGCAGCAAAGUGGUAGCUGUUCCACAACGUUCAAAAAGCCUUUGGAACCGAAGUCUGCACCGAAUUCGACAUCGUUAAAUGGAACCCGGCUUUCGUCCGCAUAUGGCAGCGAUGCAUCCUUAAACAGUGCCGGAAGCUCUACUGUUCAAAAGUACUCCAGAUCCCAGGAGUCAACAACCGAUUUUCUCUGCGAUAUGAAGAAGCGUCUUGCCAAAUCGAAGUCUAUUCAAGACAUUUCCGGGGCUCCUCUCUCUCAGCGCAGAAGGGAUCAAAGUCCGGUUGUUAUAACAAUAAGUGACGAGCAGUCUGUGCAAGUUUUACCGAAAGCUCAGUUAAAGCCUUUUUUGGACCAGAUCAGUAAAAUUCGUAAGAAGCGGGAUGCAGAACUUCGUCAUCUGGCAGAGAACUACCAGAAAAACACCCCCUCGAUCCGUCGUGAUGUUAAAAACUACCAGGAAUAUGAAGACAUGGUGCUAUCCCGAUCACGUCUGUCUACUGAGGUGUUCACUCGGAGAUUAGAACAAUUAACGGAGCGUGUGCAGCAAAUAGAAACUUCCACUCCUAGUCAUGAUAUCGAUUUUAUUGAAUUAUCAUAUGAAGAGGAAGAGGUGGUGAAGAAAGCUUUCGGUUCCGGUUCGCCGACCGAUGUGUUGUCGGAUAAAUUCCGUCUGCAGGUGACGCGCAAAGAUAUCGCCACAUUGAAGGGUCUUUCGUGGUUGAACGAUGAGGUAGCCAACUUCUAUCUGGAAAUGAUUGUUGAUCGAGCACUGCGCCAUCCUGAAAAAUAUCCAAAAGUUUACACAUAUAAUACGUUUUUCUACACAACCCUUGUCAAUAAGGCAUUCGAUGGUGUGAAACGGUGGACGAAGAAAGUGGACAUAUUCUCCUACGAUCUCCUGCUUGUGCCGGUGCAUUUAGGCAGUCAUUGGUGCUUGGCGGUUAUGGACAUGCGAGAACGACGGAUUAACUACUAUGACUCUCUUGGAAAAGCAAAUCAUGCUUGUGCUGAAAAGUUGUUAGAGUAUCUCCAGAAAGAGAAAAGUGAUAAGUUGAAGCAGUCGUUUGAUAGACAAGACUGGACGAUAUGGAUGUCUGCGGAAGAGCGGGCAAAAAAGAUUCCACUGCAGAACAAUGGCAGUGAUUGUGGUGUUUUUAUGCUGAAGUUUGCGGAUUACAUUUCUCGGAGACGCGAAAUUAAUUUUGAUCAUACCAAUAUGCCGUACUUUCGUCGGCGUAUAUGUUGGGAGAUCCUGCAGCAAAAACUCAUGGGAACGUGAUAGGUUUCACGUGUUGAAAGAAACAAAUUUUGUUUAUUUUUGUGCGCUAACCAGAAUUUUAAUUCGUUCGUGGCAAAGAUUUACCACCUGGUUUUAUGGUUUACUGGAAUGCGUUUUUCCUAAUGCUGUGUAGAGGCGCAGACGGCAAAGGCGACCAAUUUUGGUAUUUUUGACUGGGUUACGGUUAGAAAGUUUAUUGUAGCCGUCAUCAGUGAAUAAUCCAAAGAAGGGCGAGCGCUAAACGAA